ACUUUUUUGUUUUGGUUGGAGCAUAAAAAAUUCUUGCGUUAAAUAAUAGUACUCAUUGCGAUAAAUUUUAUAUUCUUUAAACAAAAAAGAACUCAAAAGAGUGGGGGAGUUGGAGAGAACUGGUCUUGGCAAUUAUUUUUCACUCUGCUGGCGACAUCAACUGUCAUCUUCAGGAACUGAAACAAAAACAAUUUAAAAUCUACUUUUGGUUCUGAUUGGCCUGAGCUGGAACUCACUCAUGAUUGGUGGAGAAUCAAUUAAUCUAACAAUGGAAAAUCAGCUUUAGAUAAAAUAAUUUCAAAAUGAAUACAUUCACAUUUUAUAAAUUUAAAUUAAUGAGAGAAAUUAUGUUAAUUUACUCGAAGAUCAAUUAAAUUUGAAUUUUAAAGUUUUACUGACUACGAUUUUAAAAAAUGAUUAUUUUAAUUCCCAAGAGAUGAAUUUGAAACGGUUUGAUGACUGAAGUAAAUCAGAUAUAUUUAUAAUUUGUUUGGAUCAAUUGUAUGUGUAUGUCCUCAUUUAAUUGUGUGUUAGGUCUGUCUGGUGGUUUUUGUUAUCUCGUAACAUUGAAAUAAAAGUAAACUGAUCACAGCUGGUGCAAUUAAUUUGAAUAUUGUAAAUAUAUGCAUACAUAUAUUAACAACUUUCACUUGGCGAUAAAUUCUUAGGAUUCUGACAUAGAUCUAGUGACCUUGAGAACAUUAUUUGUUCGGUAAUAAAGCCAGUAUUGAUAUGGAGAUUGAGGUGAACGAGAGUCAUCACUUUGUAGUAAAAAUAGUUAUUUAAAUUAUUUACGCAGUUUUAAAUUUUUAAAAACUGACUAGUGAUUCAAGAGGACUGGAGUAAGAAGUUGAAGUUUUUUUACUCAUUUUUACUGAAGCUAGAAAAAAUGUUGAAGAUCGGAGCGGGAAUAAGGAAUGCGGUAAGAACCCUGACAUCGUCAGCGGGUCGAAAUGCCAGUCCGAAAUUGGCACCACUUCAAGAGGCUGCUUUGGAAGAGCGCUGUAUUUUAGUUGACGAGUUUGAUAAACCAAUUGGUGACGCGUCCAAGAGAAAUUGUCACAAAGUAAACGCUGAAGGAGACGUUUUGCUUCACCGAGCGUUCAGUGUAUUUUUAUUUAACAGCUCAGGAGAUUUGUUACUACAAAAAAGAUCAGCAAACAAGAUAACAUUCCCUGGUUAUUACACAAACACAUGCUGCAGUCAUCCAUUGAUUGAAAUUCCUGGUGAAUCUGAAGAAUCAGACGCUAUCGGUGUACGCAAAGCAGCUCGUCGUCGUCUAUUUUAUGAACUAGGAAUACCGACAAGUGAAAUAAAUCUAAAUGAAUUUUAUUAUCUGACGAGAAUUCAUUACCAUGCCCUGGGCGACGGCAUAUGGGGCGAGCACGAGAUCGACUAUGUUUUGUUUUUGCAAAAAAACAAUGUGACACUAGACCCAAAUCCUGAUGAAGUCAGCGAAAUCCACUGGGUGUCAAAACAAAAUAUAAAUAAAUUUAUUCGCGAUUGUCAUUCGCCUCUUACUCCCUGGUUUGAGUUGAUCCUCACCCACAAGUUGCCUCUGUGGUGGGAGAAUUUAAAUAGCCUGCACAAGGUACAAGAUCAUGAUACUAUUCAAAGAUUUACCUAGAUUUGGUUUUUAAAUUUUGUAUAACUCGUCUAUUGUAUGUAAAAACUAAAGAAUAAGUAUUUUUUUAUGAAUAUAUAUAAGUCCAAAAAGAUGGGGCAUUUUGCUGGAUCGUGAUGGUGAUAUUAAUUAGUAUUAAAUAUUAAUUAUUAACAGGUGUAGUUGAUAAAUCUGUUUAGUAACUCAAAAGAUGCUGAUUGGCAGGUGAUGGAAUUAUUAUUUUUAAUAACAAUGAUCCUGAUAAAUUUUUAAGUACAUAUUUAUUAUUUAUAAACUCAUUAAUAAAAUGUCUACCAAGUCUUUAAUA